AUGUCCGACACACCUCCCAAACGACGUGCUGCUGAAGCAGCGUCUUCCGUCCCUCCGGCCAAGACUUCGGCAAUGUCAGCUACGGCACCCCCCUUCAAUCCUACUCGCCCUUUGUCUGGUAAAUCCAAGGCAUCAUUCCACAACAUCGCCCAGGAGAUGAAGCCACGUGUACAGACGGGCAGUGAGGAGAACGCCAUGGAGGUCGACGGCGACAGAGAAGAUUCUGCUCCGAGGGUCACGAAACCUUUGCCUGCAGGGAAGAGGAGCGUACCCAGAGCCGAUUUUGUACCUCAACAGGCUUCAGUGCCCAAGUCAAAUGAGGAUAAGGAGAACACAAGGAGGUUGAUUGUUGUCCUGUCUCAAGCUUGUUUGGAGGCCUACAAAAUAUCUUCAGGCUCCGGAGGCAAGAAUGCUUCCGGUAAAGAGGCCAAAUAUGCUCUAUUGAACUGUGAUGAUCAUCAAGGUAUCCUGGCGAAAACCGGACGGGAUAUUGCAGAUGCGCGACCGGAUAUCACCCAUCAAUGUCUCCUUACUCUCCUUGAUUCUCCCUUGAACAAAGCGGGAUUACUCCAGGUGUAUAUCCAUACAGCGAAAGGUGUUCUGAUCGAGGUGAACCCCAGUGUGAGAAUACCGCGAACGUUCAAGCGUUUCUCUGGCUUGAUGGUGCAAUUGUUACACAAACUGUCCAUCAGGGGUGUGAAUGGUAGUGAGAAGCUCCUGAGAGUCAUCAAGAACCCUAUCACGGAUCAUCUUCCCACGAACACUAUCAAGCUCACCCUGUCAGCGGAUGCGCCUACCAUUCGAUUGUCGAAAUUCCUGCCUACUCUUCCUGAGACUCACUCCGUCUGUGUCUUUGUUGGUGCUAUGGCUAGAGGCGACGAUAACUUUGGAGACCAGUUUGUGGACCAGAAAAUAUCUAUCAGUGAUUACAGUCUUUCAGCUUCCGUGGCCUGUGGAAAGUUCUGCUGUGCUAUGGAAGAGAUCUGGGACAUCGUCUGA